AUGAAGAUAGUACUUAAGGUGGCGAUCACCUGCAAGAAGUGCAAAACCUGCGUCCUUGGGAUCGCCUCGAAAGUUAAAGGGAUCAAGUCCCUGACAUACGACGACGAGAAGAGCACUCUCACGGUGGUCGGAGACGUGGACGUGGUGGUCAUCGUGGAGCAUCUGCGCAAGGCGAAGCAUCCGGCGGAGGUAAGUCAUAAGUGCUAUGUGUACAGCUUUGUAACAAGCUUCCAAUCGAAUUCCAAGAUUAAGAUACCAUUGCAAGAAAUUCCAAGCAUCUGA